GGAGUCGCGCCCUUGCGAUUCCAGAUUUCAAUUUGAAACACCAAACCCUUUUCCUCUGUUCCCCCUCUUCUCAAAACAUUCACUAAAAUUUCCUUUUCUGGGUGCAGUUUCUCUCUGUCCUACAAACUUGUGAUUUUGAAGAAUUCGGUUUAUAGAGGUAAUUUUACUUAUUGAUUACGAUUUACGAGUUACGAGUAGUACAUUCUUUGCUUCAAUUGCUGCAAGCCUGCAAGUGUGCAACGCAGCGGGGCAGAUAGGCACCCAGACAGGGGCGGCGACUCUGAGUUCGAAUCUUCGAGGCAGGAAUUUGAGCGGGUUUUUUCCGGCGCCGGCAGGAAUUCUGCUUCACAAUCAGUGCCUUGCAGACAAUGGGUGUAGAGAACUACCAUGUGGUUGAGCUUGUUGGUGAAGGUUCUUUUGGAAGGGUCUAUAAAGGCAGGAGAAAAUACACUGGCCAAAUUGUGGCGAUGAAGUUCAUUAUGAAAAAUGGGAAGAGUGAGAAAGAUCUUCAUGGCCUUAGGCAGGAGAUUGAGAUCCUCAAAAAGCUGAAACAUGAAAAUAUAAUUGAGAUGCUCGAUUCAUUUGAGACUGCAGAAGAGUUUUGUGUAGUCACUGAAUUUGCUCAGGGUGAACUAUUUGAGAUUCUUGAGAAUGACAAUUCUAUGCCAGAAGUACAAGUUCAAGCAAUUGCAAAGCAGUUGGUGUGUGCAUUGCAUUACUUGCAUUCCAAUCGAAUUAUUCACAGGGACAUGAAGCCUCAAAAUAUCCUCAUUUGCUCAGGCUCCAAACUUAAGCUUUGUGAUUUUGGUUUUGCACGUGCCAUGUCAACUAGAACUGUGGUUCUUCAUUCUGUCAAAGGCACUCCGUUAUACAUGGCUCCUGAGCUUGUUCGUGAGCGACCGUACAACCACACAGUUGACUUGUGGUCUCUUGGAGUCAUUUUGUACGAACUUUUUGUUGGUCAACCUCCAUUCUAUACAAACUCAGUUUACUCACUUAUUAGACAUAUUGUCAAGGAUCCAGUUAAGUAUCCAGAAAAUAUAAGUUCUGAGUUUAGAACUUUCCUAGAGGGGUUGCUGAAUAAGGUCCCGGAACAAAGACUUUCGUGGCCUGCUCUUCUUAAGCACCCUUUUAUCAGAGAGGACUUGGAGGAAUCUCUUCCCGAUACAAAAAAUUUAAUGGAAUGUCAAGCUGCUCUGAAAGGAAAAACUCCAAUUAAGCCUGUGCAUCUUGAUGCUCUUAACAUUGAUAGUGGCCAGCCAUUGGAUAGGCUGGAAAACGGUUCUUGCAAAAUCAAGGAGGCAAAAAUUAUAGGACAAGAGAUGCAUGCCCUGGAGCUUGUUUUGGAACCAGUCAAGAUAAUUUCGAAAGGCACCCAGAAUUCUUGCAAGAAGGAGGCACUUCGUAAUCUAAAUCAGUCGCUGAGAAUUCUUUCAAAUUUAGUGGCAGCUGAAGCUAUUGUGCAUGGUUUUCUGGAUAAAAUAACUUUUGAGCUUUUGGAGCUUAUAUCCGCCAUUCUUAGUCAAAAAAGUCCUGAAGUUUAUGACUUGAUAGCUAAGGCUUUGUUGAUUAUUAGAAAACUGAUCAGUGGCAGUGGACUCGACUUUGGAAAUUCAUAUUUCACUAAGUGGGUUGCAGUAGUUGAGCUGUAUUCACAGAUUAUUCGUGGCUCAGAGGAUUCAAGUGGCAGAAUUCUUUACGAGUCUAACUCUCUCGUUGCAGCCAUGUUAAAUCAAGCUGUGUUGGCUGUUAAGAAAUUUCCUCUCUCUGGAUCAAAUAUCCCGUUGAAAAUUCUUGUGCAUGCCAAAACAAGCAGCCUUGUUGAUCACUUGUGUCAGAGCUUAGCAGCUAUUGGAACAAGCAAGUUAUGUACUGAUAACUUAUUAUGUGCUGCUUCUGAAGGUUGCAUAGCACUUUGGUAUUUGGUAGAUGCCUUAGAAAAUCUAUCCAUCAAGAAUAAAUCUUGGACAUUCCCACUCACCACUUUGCACAGCCAUUUGUUGGGCCAAGUUAACAUCAGGGGUUGUGACACGCUUCCAGAUAUUGAAACAGAUCCUGAAAAGGUUGUUGUGACUAUAACAAGAGCAUUUUUGAACUCCGAACCAGUUCAAGUUGCUAUGCUUUACUGCCUUCGCCAGCGUAUUGAAAAAGUACUCAUAGCUACGAUCCAGCUACUACUCAGGUGCUGUAUGCAGAGUGGAAUAAUACCCAGUGUGCUUUGCGGCAUUCCAAGAUCUUUGCCAGUUGCUACUGUUAUUAGUGGUGGAGGUGAUGAUACAUUUGUUUCUGAGAUAUUCUCUAUGAUAUCGCUAUGUGGAUCGUAUAUGAAUACAGGUUUACCUAUGGGGGUCAUUAAUCCUUGUGAGGUUGCUAUGCAUUCGUGUCUGCUGCUUGCAACAAUUGCUCAAACUUUCUAUUCGACCGGUAGAAAGUCAGCGGUUCUUAUUCUGACAUCUUCCUUGGAAAAACAGAAAUCAAGGCUUUUAUCACUUGCUUGCCUUUAUUCGGUUAAAGAUGGGGCGAUUACCUCAUUGCAACCUCAUCUUGCAUCAGCCAUGUUAGCAUUUGCAUCUAUAUUAUUGAUUGACAGCAGAGCUUCUGCUGUAUUUGACAUUGCAAUGCCUUUUGUCCCCUGUAUAUCUGCUCUUUGCGACUUUUUAAAAAUGGAAUUCAAAGAUGGGUUGGAGAACAAUUGCACAGCUACAAAUUAUAUGUUUUCAUGUGGGCAUGGUUUGAGGGAUGGAUGUGUUGGGUUGCUCAUAUGUAAAUUGAGAUCGGAAGAGCUGUUGGCUCUUAAAAAGUUUGGUGCUACUGGACUUCCACAAUCUCUUUUUGGUUUGCUAAGGAAAGAUCCUGUUCGUUCCGGAGCAACAGAUUGCUUGCAGGAACUGGUUGGGCUAUCUCCGGUUGGAGUUGUGUGGGCUGUUUCAUGUCUAAGUCACUGCCUUUCAAGUGGUGUCAUAACUUUCCAACAGAUGAUGCUGGAGAAGGGACAUGUCAAAUCUAUCAAUCAUUUAAUAUCUAGUGCUCAUCUGAACAUUCUUAGAAAUUGGGGUGGGCCUGGUGGGCGAAGGAAUGGAGUAAGGGAAAUCAUUGAUGCAGUGAUUGAUUUUUUGGCUUUUCCUUUUGUCGUCGCUGAAAAUGUCCUUUGUUCUCCUCUCACUGCAUCCAUGAACGGUGGGUUUCUUCUAAAUGUCAGCUCACCUGCUGCACAUGUACAUUGGGAAAACGAGGACUUUACAAAAGCUGUUAAAAAGAGCUUUGGAAAGUAUAUGGAGAUUCUUAUAGAGUUAGAGGUGCCUAUCCAGGUUUUGCAUUGUGCUGACAUUGUGGGGUUGGAGGACAUUAGAAAGCCAGUCGCGUUCCUUGCAAAAAUGGUCAGCUGUAAAGCGAUAGCAAUAUGUCUUGUGCGAAAGGGAAUGCUAGAAGCUGCAAGAAUGAGAAGGUUGCUUGAUGAUUCAUCCCCUAAAGAGGUCAUCCUAGACAUGCUCAUGAUAGUGUCUGACCUUGCUCGCAAGGAUGUGCAUUUCUAUGAGUACAUUGAUAGGGCAAAUAUACUGAUACGCUUGAAGGAAUUGCUUGCUUGUGAUGAUUCUUCGUUACAUGCGAGGGCUUGCAGUGUUGUAGGCAACAUGUGCCGGCAUAGCUCUUACUUUUAUGAUUCAUUGGCAGGGCAUGGUAUCAUCAGCCUCCUUAUUGACCGAUGCACCGACUCAGACAAGCGCACCAGGAAAUUUGCCUGUUUUGCUGUAGGAAAUGCUGCCUUCCAUAAUGAUUCAUUGUAUGAAGAACUUCGAAGAUCAAUAUCUCCAUUAACGAAACUGUUGCAUUCCACUGAGGAUGAUGUCACAAAAUCAAAUGCGGCAGGUGCAUUGAGUAAUCUUGUUCGAUACUCCGACAAGCUUUGCGAUGAUAUCAUACGUACUGGUGCCAUUAAGGAGUUACUUAAGGUGGUCAAUGAGUGCUCUACGACAGCUUUGAACUCUCCAAAAAUGGAUGUCAUUAAUGCUUCCCCUCUCAAUAAUGCACUUUGUGCUUUGGCAAAGAUGUGUGCGUGCCACUCACCCUGCAGUGAUUGCAUACGUAUGUCAGAUACAUUCCAAUUGAUAGUACUGCUUCAGCAAUUACCUGAACCAAAUGUGGCCAAAUAUGCUCGUUCUAUAUGUACCACAGUGAUGCAAAGCAAGACUGUCAUUUGAACACUCUACAUGUUGUGGAAUUUUUUUGGAAUGUUGACUGAGGGCUUGUUCUUUUCGGUAUAAAACAACUGAAUUGAGUUGAACUAAAUUGAAUUGAACUGAACUGAAAUGUACAAUGAUAUGUGAGUAAAAGUAUUGUCUAGAGCUGAUUUGAACUGAAAAUAAGUUGGGGAGAACAUAUCCUAAUUUUUGUAAAAGUUUCUUUGAUUAACUUUGUAAAUCAGUAGGUUUCUUUUAUGUA